AUGUUGCUGCAAUUGGUUCUCACGACUUUAUGCCUCGUUCUCGGGGUUGUGUCUGCCCAAAAUCCGACAGUCUACAUCAUUCGGCAUGGUGAGAAGCCCGCUAAUAAGGAUGACCACGGCCUCACCCUGGAUGGGAUCAAGCGGGCGCAAUGUCUGCGCAGUGUUUUCGGAGAGGGAUCGGGGUACAAUAUUGGGCAUAUUAUGGCGCCUCAUGUAAGAGAGGAUGGCGCGCACCGCCGUGCAUUCCUAACUGUCCUUCCUCUCGCAAAUGAUCUCGGUCUGACUGUUGAUACUCACUGCAAGCGUAAGAAGGUGGAAUGUGUUGCUGAGACGAUUAGGUCCUAUGAUGGACCGGGCAAUAUUUUGAUUGCGUGGCGACACACAAAUAUGGGUGGGAUUGAGGAGGCGCUUGGUGCAUAUGAGCCUAUCGAGUACCCGGAUGAUCGCUUCGAUCUCAUUUGGACAGACCCUUGGCCCUAUGGCAAUGUUACGCAGGUUGAGAGCGAGGGUUGUCCCGCAUUGGACACAGGUCGUCUGGUGGAGCAGUCUUGA